AUGACGACACAGUAUGAGCUCUACCGACGGUCAUCACUUGGUAUGGCUCUAACUGACACUCUGGAUGAGCUGAUUCAGGAUGGCCAUAUUGACCCACAGACAGCCAUGAAGGUUCUCUCUCAGUUUGACUUGAGUUUCGCAGAGGCUCUCCAUUCCAAGGUCAAGAGCAAGGCAACCAUCAAGGGACAUUUGCAUAUAUAUCGGCUUUGUGACGACGUAUGGACCUUUAUUGUAGAAAAUCCAGCGUUUCGAUUUGAAAACGAGACAGUGACAGCCAACAAGAUCAAGGUUGUAGCAUGCAAGGCCAGUACUGCUGCUUAG